AUGAAAGAUUCGAAUGACUAUUAUGAUGAAAUUGUAGAAACAAUAAUGAUGAAAGAAAAGGAAAAUGGGAAUUAUCGCUUGAAACAAGAUUCCGAGUGCAAUGAUCCUGAAGCAGAUACCAAUACCAUUUAUCCAAAAGAAGAGGACAAAGAAGAAAAAGAAAAUAUGGAAGAUUUGCAAUAA